AUGUUGAAGCAACUCAUUCUCAUCGCACCUCUUCUGGUGCACGCAGCACUCGCUGUUCCAGCGGUCGAGCCCAGACACCAGCAUCUUCAUGGCAAUAUGGAUCAUACUCAUGGUACCAAGACCACGAUGACUACGUCCGUUCGACGUGAAGCAGAAGCAACAGUCGAAGCACAGUUUAUCCCACCCAAGAUGCCUUACGCACUCAAACCUAACACCAAAACCACCAAGCCCACUGCUGCUGCAGAGCCAGAUGAUCCCGAGGACAGUAUCAUUCCCGGGUUUAUCCCACCCAAGAUGCCUUUUGUGCCGAAAUCAGGUUACCAACCAAAGUCAGCCAAGGUCCAGUCUACCUCUGAAAAGUCUGUCUCCGUUGCAUCUGUCAACAAUAAGAAAGCGGUUGCAAAGGUUGAGGAUGAGGAUGAUACCGACACAAAGUCUACCUUCAUUCCACCUAGGUCACCCUUUCGAGGAGCUCGUAAGCCUUCCAAUGAUAUCCCUAGAGACACACUUCCGCAGUUCAUCCCACCAAGAAACCCUUGGGGGCAGUCCAGGCGUCAGACUCGCUCAGUGGAUAAUGAUGGCCAAGGUGCUUCUGAGGAAACAGCCGUUCCUGAUAUCAACCAGGGGGCUUCCCAAGACGACGAGAAGGAUUCCUCUACACCCGAGCUUCUAAAGCGCGAUGGGGAGGACGGAGACAAUGAGUUCUUUGAAGAGGAGGAUGAUGAUGAACUCAGCACCUCGGACUUUCCGAACCUUGGAGGUUCCGAAGACGCCGAAGUCAACACCGAUUCAAACCCAGAGACUGACAAUACUCCCGUUGGUAAUGCAUCUGAACAGGAGAACCAGGACCAAGAGUACAACGACACUGAGGACGUUGGCAACGCCAAUAACUACUUCGGCGGCGACUACAGCGACGAGGAUGACGCCAACAAUACCCCUACUCGGCUAGAGGCUCGGGGUGUUGCGAAGCGAAACAUCCUCUACUUCACAAACUGGGGUACUUACGGGGCGAACUUUCAGCCCCAAGACCUUCCGGUAAAGGAGAUCACACAUGUUCUAUACUCUUUUGCCAAUGUGAAUGCCAAGGACGGAAGUGUUGUUUCAUCAGACAGUUAUGCGGACAUCAAUAGAGUCUAUGCGGGUGAUGUUAAGGAGCAAGGAAAGAACGUAUAUGGGUGUGUUAAGCAGCUGUACCUUCUCAAGAAAAAGAACCGCAAUCUAAAGGUGUUGCUUUCGAUUGGAGGUUUCAAUGGAAGCCCAGCACUCGCCUCUGGUGUGAGCACACAAGCCGGACGCCAACGAUUCGUUGCCACCGCUGUAAAGCUCAUCACAGACUGGGGCUUUGACGGAAUUGAUAUUGACUGGGAAUAUCCCGCCAACGCACAAGAAGCUCGUAACUAUGUUUCGAUACUUUCAGGUGUCCGAAAAGCCCUUGACAAUUAUUCUACGACAAACAAGCUUAACUACCAUUUCCUUCUCACUGUGGCUACCUCGGCUGGUGCAGGCAAUUACAACAUCAUGAACAUGAAAGGAAUGGACGCUUGGCUUGAUGCCUGGCACCUCAUGGCCUAUGAUUAUUCUGGUCCUUGGGAUUCGACUACUGGUCAUCAAGCUAACGUAUUUGCUUCCAAGAACUGGCCCCUAACAACAAAGCUGAGCACUGACAAAGCUUUGAACGACUACAUUGCUGCUGGAGUCCCUCCCAAGAAGAUCCUUAUGGGCAUGCCUCUGUACGGUCGUUCGUUUUCAAAAACUGAUGGUUUUGGGAAGUCCUACUCAGGUAUGGCUGGUAACAGCGAAGGCAUUUAUCUUCUCAAAGAGUUACCUCGCCCCGGUGCCAAAACUUCUUACAACGCAGAUCUCAUCGCUAGCUACACAUAUGAUAGCAAGAAGCGGGAACUUGUCACCAUGGACGAUCUCAAAUCAGGCCAAGCUAAGGCCGGCUAUAUCAACGAGCGAGGUCUCGGUGGCGCCUUUUAUUGGGAAGCGAGCGGAGACAGGCUCGGGUCAGCGAGUGUCGUCGCUGGUGUGAAGCGCACUCUGGGCACCCUCGAGAAAGUGAACAAUCUUCUCAAAUACCCCACGAGCGCAUAUGACAACAUACGAAAGAACAUGGCCUAA